UUUAUUUACACAACACUGGUGCACACGGAUCAUCAAGCAGGGUUGUCCUUCAGUGAAGCUAACCAGCUAGCCUGAUCUACGGCUCAUUGUCAGAGUUCUCGCAAUAACAGCUUCUUAAAGGAGAAUAGACCGCGCUGAACGAUGGCGACGAGGAUUUGGCCUGUUAUGAAACUGGCCACCAAGGUGACCAUUGCAGGAGGAGCUGUCUAUGUUGCCUAUGACUCUGGUCUCUUGGGAAACAGUGAACAGGGCUCAGAGGCUCUGCAGAAGGCCAAAGCAGUAAUCCCACCCGCCAUGGAGGAAUGGAUGAAGUACUUUGGUGUGGAGGCUCAGCUUCCAACCAUACCUAAGAUUGAGUUCUCUCCUGUGGACGCGUGGAAUUCUGGCGUACGGUGGACGAUUUCAAAUCUCUCUGAGGCCCCGACAAAAGCCACUGAAUACACAAGUCAGGGGCUGCAGUACUUGAAGGACCUCACAAAGUGAACAUGAACUCUCUGGGCAGCCUCACAUUAUCAGUCCUUUUGACUUUUGCACUUGACAUUACUUCUUCAAAUGUUGAACCCUGCCAUAAGAAUGAAGCAACACACAACGUCAAAGAAAACUGCUUGAUUAAAAGAUUAAAAGCAAGGAGUGUACUCUGCUGAAUGGGUACUGUGGUUUUCUAACUGAUAGUGGCCUUUGGUGGGAGAUGUACAUAAUGGGAAGAAAAUUUUAUUUUUAAGAAGGCAAUCUUUCAUUUUGUGUAUACCUCAAAAUUGUGUAUACCAAAUAGUUGCUAUCAGCACUGUCCAGUAGAGAGUGUUAUUCUGCCCUCACCUUGCCCAAAAAAUGUUAAGAAUAUCUGUAUGUGUGUAUAUAUAUAUAUAUAUGCAAUUUCACUAUUUGUGAGCAAUAUAUCAAUCUUAAAAGA